AUGGCAGAGGCGCUUGGCCUCGUCGCCAGCCUUGCCAACAUCAUUGGCGCAGGGCUCGCGCUCUCCAAGGGUCUCUAUGAAUUCGCCAGCGUCCUAGGGUCCGCUUCCAGAGAUAUCAAGGACCUCUCGACCGAUAUCAGCCUAUUUUGCUCUGUACUCAAGCACGUGCAGACCACGUUGACUCGAGCCAGAGCAUUUCGGCUGUCCAUGUCGGCCGUGCAGACCGCCGAGGACAUCGUCGAGCGGUGUCGCGUCAUCUUCACGAACCUGCAGACCACCGUUGACAGUCUCCGAAAGGGCGAGGCGAAACUCGAUCUUCUGGCGCGGGUGAGGUGGUUCUUCAAGGAAAAGAGAGUCCUCCUUGUGCAUGAGCAGUUGAAGACCUGCUCGGCCACGCUGCAUUUGAUGCUGACGACGCUGAUGCUCGCUCAGAAAAUUGCGAGCAGAAGGCUGUCUCUGGACCCGGAAGACGAUGAAGACGUCCAGGACCGGCUGAUGGCGCACUCCCUGUUUCUGGCACAGCAGGCGGCCAAGGAGCGUCUCGUCACGGUCGAGGACGAGGUGAUCCGCGAUGAGGCUCUACUAAAGCUUGAAAGCUCGCCUGACCAUAACUCAUGGGCGGCAUUCGAUGCCCCGUCGCUCAACUUCGAACGGGAGAAGCGAGUUUCAGUUAUCGUCGGAGAUAACAUCGAUCGUCUCAGCCUUGCAGCCAGCCUACGGAGCGCCGGGCUCUCGACACUGGACGAAAACCGGCUUUCGGUGCUGCAGACAGACGAACUCCUUCGCCACUGGACCGAUCAAUGUGACCCUCUGGCUUCUUCAGAGCAGGACACUGGGACUCUCUUAAAGAACGUGAAUGAACAUCAAGACAACGACCUGUUGUCCAUCAACACAGCAGUCCCCAAAAUAAAUGUUCGAGGUGUGGCCCUCAUCGAUCCUUCUCCUAAUGAAAAGCCUGCAAAUUCGCUAUUCCCAAUGAGAUCGACAUCAGGCGCUGAGCAGCAUAGCGCCCCAGCAAACGCGACCGAACAGACGACGAACGUUUCGACCAAGCCACCUCCGCUCCAGAUAUUCCCCAUCUUGCGCAUCGGCCUGGAAGACCGCUGCCGGGAGAUACUCCCGGAUGUGAUGAAGUUCUACAAGGUCCAGGGUGACUGGCGGGAUUAUAGGCUGGUCGUGGUGUGCGGUGAUCGGGAACGUUACAUCGGCAAGGACGAGAAACCGCUGGCCGUGUACAAGGAACUGGAUCUGUUGGGCCGGCAGCCCAGAUUUUUGCUGCGGAAAAUGACUGCUGGUGGUUCUUCUCUUCGUCACACUCCGUAG